AUGUCAUUUGUCGUCAGUCCACGCGUAAAGUUAAACGCAGUGAUACGUAUUCAAGUGAAAUAUUAUGUUGAGUAAGAACGUGUUCAAUAAAACCGGCUUAGUUAGCAGGACGUUUAACAACUCUUUAGCUUUGAGAUUAGCUCGUCAGCUGCAAACGGAAAAUGGAAGCUAUUUUCAUAACCCGGGAUGCGAACCCUUGACCGCCGCGACGUUGGGCGAUGUAAUAGCGGAAACGGCUCAUAAGUACCCAGGGAGGGUCGCAGUUCGCUCCGUACAUGAAGACUUGACUGUCACCUAUGAGGAAUUGCUGAAUCGAGCAGACUCUUUGGGAUGCGCACUACGAGCUCAGGGUUUUCAAAAAGGAGAUCGUCUAGGACUUUGGACGCAUAAUUGCGUUGGUUGGGUUGUCGGUUGCGUGGCGGCCGCGAGAGCUGGUUUAAUAUCGGUCCUAGUAAACCCAGUUUACGAGAAAGCAGAGCUAAGGUUCUGCAUCAACAAGACAAAGUUGAAAGGUCUCAUGAUAGGCGAUACUCUCAAAAACAGAGAUUACUACGGUUUACUGAACACACUGAUCCCAGAGUUGCAGUCAUCGAAGGAGGGCUCGCUAAAAUCAAAAGAGUUUCCAAGUCUUACUUCAAUCAUUAAUGGAGGAAAAGAAAAAUUUAGCGGCGUCUCCACAUUUGACUCUCUGAUCAGUAAUUACAAAAACAACGCCGAUAUAACAAAGUAUGGAAGUGAAGUGAAACCAGAGGACGGGUCUCUCAUUCUUUUGACUUCGGGUACUACUGGUGAUCCAAAAGCGGGCCUCGACUCUCAUAUCGGUGUUGUGAACAAUGUCUACUUUUCUGGGAUAAGAAACAGUUUUAAUGAAGGACACCCAAUUAUAUGUGUACAGGCGCCAUUGUUCCACGCUCUAGGGGCGAUAGUGACACUGUUGUCCAGCUUGCGACACGGCGCGACUGUCGUGCUGCCGUCACCCACGUACAACGUAGCAGCGAAUGUUGAUGCAGUGUGUGCUGAAAAAUGCUCAAUAAUAACGGGAACGCCGACAAUGUACCUGGAUAUGAUAUCUCAUGUGAAGCGGAAGGGAGACCUACCUAUUAACCUUCGCGUAGCUCUGGCAGCCGGCGCCCCUUGCAGUCCGCAGUUGAUCAGACAAAUCAAUGCGCAGCUGAAAGUGGAGUCUGUCAGGGCCCUAUAUGGACUGUCAGAAACCACAGCUUGUGUAUUUCAAUCACUGCCAGAAGACAGCGUGGAGGUAGUUGCAGACACUGUUGGGUAUACAACCGACCAUUGCGAAGUUAAGGUAAUUGAUGACAAAGGAAAUACUGUGCCAUUCGGCACCGCAGGAGAAUUGAUGGUUAGAGGAUACCAUACAAUGAUUGGCUACUGGGACGACUCGGUCAAAACCAAACAAACUUUGAAAGACGAUGGAUGGCUACAUACUGGUGACAAAUUCAUCUUAUCUGAAGACGGAUAUGGAAAGAUUGUGGGUCGUCUAAAGGACAUCAUAAUUCGAGGGGGAGAGAACAUUGCACCCAAAGAAAUUGAAGAUCUCUUAAACACACACCCAGAUGUGAUCGAUAGUCAGGUAAUUGGAGUGUCAGACGAGAGAUUAGGUGAAGAGCUCUGUGCAGUAGUCAGACUUCAUGAAGGCGCGACUUUCACGGUACACGAUCUAACAAACCAUUGUAAGGGAAAAUUGGCUCGCUAUAAAAUACCUAGAAUACUGAAAAUCAUGGAUGAAUUUCCCAAAACUGUGUCUGGUAAAAUACAAAAGUUUAAAAUAAAAGAAUUAAUUGAAACCGGAAAACUAUGAUACCUAGAUAUCUACCUAAAUAUUAGAGAAAAUACUCAACACUCCGGGCUAAGCCGGCAAGAUUUUUGGGUAUUGAGAAUGGUACUAAGAAUUCUUAGAUAUAUUUUCGCUAUAGUAAAAUUUUACUUUAUUCUGAUAACUAAGUAAACUAAAAUAAGUUUUUAGCAAUUUUGUGCCAUUUGCCGGAGAAUCAAGGGACGUGUCGUUUCGGCCUUAGUUCCUUAAUUUAAACUUAUCUACCUACUCAUAGGAUGCUUGCUAGACUGACUUUUUUCGAGCUUUGAUCGAUAAUAUUUUCUUAGUUGCUUAAUUUAUAACUACAUCAAUGAUUUUGACAACGAUGUUAGAAGUUGCGACGAUAAUAUAAUUAACUGUCAUGCUUUAUAACAUUUUAUUUUAGUUCUUACUAUAGAAUAAGUUGAAUAAUGAUUUUGUGAAAUGAAAGAACCCUUUUUGUAAAUAAAGAAAUUUUUGUGGUAUC